AUGACCCAAACAGGCUUCCUGCUGUUUAUCAUCGUUGCCACCAGAGGGUGCAGUGCAGCCAAAGAGAACCUGAACACCAACAGAUGGACCCAUCCUUUCUUUUCCUCUCUGUUCAGAAGCUGCAAGGAAAUCAAGCAGGAGGACACAAAGGCACAAGAUGGCCUCUAUUUCCUGCGCACGGAGAACGGUGUCAUCUACCAGACCUUCUGUGACAUGACCACUGCAAGUGGUGGCUGGACCCUGGUGGCUAGUGUGCACGAGAACAAUAUGUAUGGAAAGUGCACAGUGGGCGAUCGCUGGUCCAGUCAGCAAGGCAACAGAGUGGAUUACCCAGAGGGGGAUGGCAACUGGGCCAACUACAACACCUUUGGGUCUGCAGAGGGCGCCACAAGUGAUGACUACAAGAACCCCGGUUACUUCGACAUCCAGGCUGAGAAUCUGGGGAUCUGGCAUGUGCCCAACAAUAGCCCCCUGCACAACUGGAGGAACAGCUCCCUGCUGAGGUACCGCACCUUCACCGGCUUCCUGCAGCAUAUGGGCCAUAAUCUGUUUGGCCUCUACCAGAACAUGUGCCUUGCACUUACAAUCUCCAUAUUGACCUUAAGACAACUAUUUUUAGACCCUUCCUUGAAUGCUGUUUUCUAUCUUUUCUUUUCAGAGGAAUUCACUGCAGGAUUUGUUCAGUUCAGAGUGUUUAAUAAUGAGAGAGCAGCCAGUGCCUUGUGUGCUGGCAUGAAGGUCACUGGAUGUAAUUCUGAAGCUCACUGUAUCGGUGGAGGGGGAUACUUCCCAGAAGGUAAUCCUCUGCAGUGUGGAGACUUUGGUGCAUUUGAUUGGAAUGGAUAUGGAACUCACAUUGCUUACAGCAGUAGCCGGGAGAUAACUGAAGCAGCUGUGCUUCUGUUCUAUCGCUGA